CUCAGAGCUGUAAGACUUGUGACCAUGUUGAGGACUCCACACACUGGCUUCAGAUUGAACCCUUGACUUCCACUGUCCAGGAAGUGACAAUGUUCAGGCACAGGACACCCAAAGGGCGUUAUGAGUGCACAGUGUCUGGGAUCCGCUGGGUGUGUGAGAGAGAUGUCAUUCUGAAGUAUCACUUCAGGAACUGGGAACCCUACAGUCAACUUCUGAAAGACAUGCAGUACGGACAAGGUGGUCCAUUGCUGGACAUCACUAUGGAGUUAGGUGAACUGGAGGAAGUUCAUCUGCCACACUUUGUCUGUUUAGGGACCAACCCUUCCCUGAGGAAUGAGAUUAAGAUUCUUCAUGUAGAGGAACAUGGAGUGUCUGUUGAGGAAGUGCAUGAGGUCACCAGAUUCCAUGCCAAGAUUCUCCAUCCCAACUGUCCACUGUGA